AUGAGGGUUGUUCAUCCAUCCUCUGAUAAGCCUCAGUCGAUUAUUGAAAAGUUACUUUCGGGAGAUUUAACGACCAUUGGAGUUACCGCUUUCGCUAUCGUUGCAAUUUCAGUUUUGGUCAAUAAAAUUAUGGGAAGCAGACCAACUAAACCCGUUGAAAAAUCAUCAUCCACCACAACUGCAACCACUGCUCAAAUGAAGAAGGAAGAGAGCGUCAUCUCUCCUGAGGAAUAUAGACCAUUCAAACUCAUCGAAAAGAAGAGUCUUACAGAAGGAGAGAAUGUGAAAUGUCCAGUUCGUCUCUUUAGAUUUGAAUUACCUGCAGGAAAGAGUUUGGGAUUGCCCGUGGGUCAACACAUUUCAUUGAAAGCCACCAUCAAUGGCGAAGAAGUUUCUAGAAGCUACACACCAACCUCUUCGAAUGAUGACAAGGGAUUUUUCGAUCUUGUCGUCAAGAUUUAUCCAAAGGGUUUGAUGACUCAAUACUUGGACAAUAUGAAGAUUGGAGACACCAUUUUGGUUAGCGGACCAAAGGGUCGUUUCAAUUAUGAGAAGAACAAGUACAACAAGUUGGGAAUGAUUGCUGGUGGUACCGGCAUUACCCCAAUGCUCCAAGUGAUUGAGGAAAUUCUCAAGCAUCCAGACGAUAAGACUGAAAUUGCUUUAUUGUAUGGUAACUUGACUGAACAAGAUAUCAUUUUGCGUGACCGAUUGGAGGAAUUGGCCAGAAAGCAUUCUCAAUUCACCUUGUAUCAUGUUUUGAAUGAACCUCCUGCAAAUUGGACUCAGGGAGUUGGUUUCAUCACUCAAGAAAUGAUUGAAAAGUAUUUGCCACCUGUAGGUGAGAAGAUGAACAUUUUAAUGUGUGGCCCUCCACCAAUGUUGGGAGCCAUGAAGAGCCACUUGGAAAAGCUUGGCAUGAAGCGUGGCGAACAUUACUUUUCUUUCUAA